AUGUUCAGCCGGAAUGGCGCUCGAAGUGAGGGAUACGUCCAAGAGCUCUUCCAUGAGGAAGCCCAGCAGGUGUCUCAAACACAGACCAAGCCCUGGUGGAAGAUCCAGCUGUUUGUAUGGGAGCCAGUGCUUUUUGGAACGUGGGACGGGGUCUUCACCUCCUGCAUGAUCAACAUUUUUGGAGUUGUUCUUUUCCUGAGGACAGGAUGGCUUGUGGGAAACACUGGCAUUGUAAUGGGCAUGUUUCUGGUGUCCUUUGUUAUUCUGGUUGCCCUGGUGACAGUCUUGUCUGGAAUUGGGGUGUGUGAGAAGUGCAGCAUUGGAAGUGGAGGAGUCUACUCCAUGAUUUCUACUGUUCUUGGAGGUCAAGUAGGGGGCACCAUUGGCCUCCUUUACAUUUUUGGCCAGUGUGUUGCAGGUGCCAUGUACAUCACUGGCUUUGCAGAGUCCAUUGCAGGUGUCCUGAGCCUCAGCAACAUCUGGGCAGUGCGUGGCAUCUCCCUGGCUGUCCUGCUCGGCCUGCUGGGAAUCAAUCUGGCUGGGGUGAAGUGGAUCAUCAGGCUCCAGCUCCUGCUGCUCUUCUUGCUGGCUGUCUCAACACUGGACUUUGUCAUUGGGUCCUUCACACACCUUGAUCCAGAGCACGGCUUCGUCGGCUACUCCGAAGAGCUGAUGUCCAACAACACGCUGCCAGACUACAGCCAGGGGGAGUCCUUCUUCACUGUUUUUGGAGUGUUUUUCCCAGCUGCCACAGGUGUGAUGGCUGGGUUCAACAUGAGUGGAGAUCUUCAGAAGCCUUCUUCCAACAUCCCUCUGGGGUCUCUGGCUGCUAUCGGCACCUCGUGGUUUCUGUACAUGGUCUUCGUUUUUUUACUGGGAGCCAUUUGUACCCGUCAGUCGCUCCGCUAUGACUUCAUGAUAGCAGAGAAGGUAUCCUUGGUGGGUUUUUUGUUUUUGCUAGGGCUGUACAUCUCAUCCCUGGCCUCCUGCAUGGGAGGACUGUAUGGAGCACCCAGGAUCCUGCAGUGCAUCGCCCAGGAGAAUGUGAUCCCCAUGCUCGCCUUCCUUGGACAUGGGAAGGGCCCCAGCAAGACUCCAGUGGCUGCGAUUUGCUUAACAAGUCUCAUCACCAUGGCUUUUGUCUUCAUUGGGCAAGUGAAUGUUCUUGCUCCCAUAGUCACCAUCAACUUCAUGCUGACAUAUAUUGCUGUGGACUAUUCCUAUUUCUCACUGUCCUUGAGCCACGACAUUCAGCAGAAACCUGAAGAGAUCCAGAUGAGAACUUCUAGACCUGCUCACUCUUCCCAGCCUUUAAUUUUCAACAAGCCCCCCAGCCAUGCAGCAGAUGGGGUAAUUCAAGGCAGAUCAAAUGGCACCUUGCUGGAAUUCAAAAAAGACAUGGACCAGCUUUUUAAACCAUUUCUUAGUGAGCCAAGUACUUGCAAAAGAGAAGAAGCUGAGAAUUCAACCCGAAAGGUCAAACGAAAGAAAGCGAAGAAGCCAGCCAAGCAGACAUUACAAGACAGCUUUCUCCUGGAUCUCCAUGGGGAUGCUCCCCUGGCUCAGAACAGCUGCGAUGAGGCCAUGGAGCCCCAUGGGAGGCAGCAGGAGGUGGAUGAGCAGGGUGGUCAGUGGGAUGCAGGUCUGUGCUCCCCACCUGCUGUGGGUGCCCAGCACAUACCCAGGAUGCUGGAGCAGAGAGAACAGCUCUCUGGUGAAGUGAUGAUGUUCCCUGGCCCAAGGGGAGAAGGAUCAUCUAUAAAGCAACAAAAUCCAGAACUGGGAAUUCAGCAAAUACCAGAAUCCUUUUAUUCCAGAUUUUUCAGUCACUGGAUUUCCUUUGCUGGUGCAAUCGUGUCCCUCAUCAUAAUGUUUGUCAUUCAGUGGAUCUACACCCUUGUCAGCCUGGGAGCAGCAGUUAUUCUGUAUUUCUACAUUGGCCAAGUGAGCCCAGGGCUCCCUCUUGGAGCAGCAGCAAAUUUCAGUUUCUUUGGCUGGAUUAAGUCGGUUUUGAUCACUUCAUGCAGGAGAAGGCCAGUUCCCAAGGAGCAGAUCGUGGUGACACCGUCCUUUGCCACAGUUGGCAUGGAGACCAGGCAGCUCACCGAGGAGAACGCAGACUUCGCCUCACGGGACCGCUACCACCAGUCCUCCCUCAUCAGCAGAGAGGAAUUUGGGAGCCAGUUCCAGUGAAGGACACACACACACACAAAAAAUCAAUCCAUUACUUCAAAAAGCAUUUAGAAGUGCUAAUGGCUGCCAUGGGUGCCUUUUGAAAUACUUGAAUAUACGCACAAAGGAUGUGAAUAGCUAUUGAUGUAUUUGAGGCUUGUUUGUUUAUGCCAACUACAACAUUGAUGGGCUUCAAACCUUACCCAAACUGAGAGGAAAAAAUGGAAAUGAAAGGGCUAGUCCAGGGAAGUGAUGAGUUACUGAAGACAGUAUAACCUUUUUAAAGAAUUCAAUUAUAAGUCCUAUUGAGGUCUAAAAACUGCUGCUGCUCUAAAAGCUUGAAACACCCCAUUUCAGAUGUCCUCUGGGUGACUGGGGACACUCUGCCUGGGAGCAGUGACGCUGACAGCAGGAGCUGGUGCCCCAAUCCCAGCUGUGCCACGGGUGGAUGCGACCUUCCAGGUCAAUUCACUUCUCCUCUAGGCAUGAAUUUCCCUGCUUCUAAUACAGUAAUUUUCUACCUCAGCAUUUCAAUUGCCAAGGUCUUAGAAAGUAUUUUAAGACAUUAGACAAUAGGGCAGAAUCAGUGGCAAGUAUGAGAAGAUUAUGAAGUAUAUUCACAACUGAAAUUGCACAUUUAAAUGCAGUAAUGCGGGAUAAUGACCUCUUCUGUAAAACUGUGAAAUUAUGUCUUAGAAGCUGUUCAUAGUUAUAUCCCACAUCCUUUCUGAUGUGAGAACUGAGACCUGACAAAAUAGCUGGGCACACUUAGAGCAUUUCCUGG